AUGCUACAAAAACUUCAAAGUUGGUUAGUAAGGCAAAGAGACCAGUCAGCUGUGUCUUAUAGUCGCUUUGGUCGUCCAGGUGAUGAGGAGGAAGAUAAACCACCACCUACAACAAUUGUCGUUGCCCCAUUUAAUGAAAAUGCUCCGGAAUAUUUUCUUUUUGGUUCUUGUCAUGUUCAAAAGGCUGCAAUCUAUUUUGCUGCUUUUGGAAUGUCAAUAACAAUUUUGAUGUUUAUUAGUACGUUCUUUGAAUUUGAUUGGUAUCAUUACAAAAGAGGUGUUGAUGUGGGUGCUGUUAUAGGUCUUUUUCUAUAUUUGGCUAUUGGAGUGCUUAUUCAUUAUUAUGUGAUUAUUGGGGUUAAAAGACAACUAUCACGUUAUUUGCUUCCGUUUAUUUGUGUUUAUACAAUUAUAUGUGUAACUGAAACUUGUAUGUGUAUUGGACUUUUGUUUAAAUUAUUGGAUGCCCAAGUUACUGAACCUUAUCAUCGUGUACACAUUCAAAUGGAUGUUUAUUAUCAUUCUACUACAACAACAACACCUCCUUAUGCAGCUAUUUUGUUUGGGCUAUUUAUUGUUCUUGCUGUUCAAUUUUUAAUGUUGGUUGGCGUUUUGCGUUGUCGACAAUUUCUUUCGGCAAAACAGGAACAUGAAAUGGCUAUGAAAGUUGCCGAAAUGAGUAAAACUCAAUAUCCAACCAUUCAAAUUGUUUUUGCUUCUUCUGGUAGCGGUACCGGACCUUUUAGAAAUCCAGCACCUCAAAAUGGCAUUAUUCUAAAUCCUCCUCCCGUAUUUAAUCCAUCUUCUACUACUGCUAAUAAUUAUUCUUCUCCAAUUCCACAAACGCCUUUUCACAAUAAAAAUGAUGAUGAUUCAUCAAAUUCUUCACCUACAACAGCUUCAAAUUCGUCUCCAAUUCCUCCAACGCCUUCGCAUAAUAAUUCAAAUAAACAAUCAAAUGAGCCGCCAAUGGAGAAUAUUAUUAUUUGAAAAAAAUUUUUUAAGAUGAGAAAGAAGAGGAAAGGUUCUGAAGUGAAUUUUUUAAAUAAAAAUUUUUCUUCUUUAACAUUAAAUUCA